GUAUAGGGUAGUUUAGAAGGCGGCGAAAGCAAUUCUGGAUUCUAGAACCCCCAAAACUUAGACUUAACGCGAUAGCGGUAAGCAUGCGACCGCGAUUUCCUAAUUUCAUUCUCUUCAAUCGGCUGGAUUAUUUGAAUUAGGCAAAAUUGACAUGGCAGAAGGUCGGGAUUUUCAUUCAAUCGAUAAGCAAUGGCACUCGCCUAGCUCUCCCGACGAAGAAGACGAUCGGAAGAAACUAUGGGGCAUUGUAAUUUUCAGUUUGAUUGGCGCUACUGUUACCACUUUUGCCGUUGGACAACUGAGACAGUUUGGGCGAACUGUUGAUUGGAUUUCUUCUCAGAUGUCCAGGAUGCAGUCAGGGAAAGGAGGAAGUGGUUCAUUUAGAUCAUCUUUCCAAGAGGAAGCACGUAGAAGGUAUAGACAACGGAUGCAAGAGGAAUAUGAAGAAGAAAUGGAGAGAGUGGAGCGCAUACGUCGUAUGCAGAGUGUCUUCAACAGAGAAAGAAACAAGUAUAAAAGAAGUUAUGAGAGCUGGAAAGAAAAUGGGCAUGGUGCAUAUCAUCAAGAUUUCCAGCGGGAUGAUUGGUAUUGGACUUCUGAUACAUCCUUUAGAGAUCGAAAGCCAAACUAUAAACAGGCUCCUCAGCACAGUGGAACUUAUUCUUUAUCUCGCCACUAUGCAGUUUUAGGUCUUGAUAGGCUAAGGAAAACACCAUAUUCGGAUGAUGAGAUCAAGUCAGCCUUCAGGGCAAAGGCAUUGGAGUACCACCCUGAUCAGAAUCAGGAUAAUAAAGAUGCUGCUGAAGCAAAAUUUAAAGAAGUAUUAACGUCUUAUGAGGCUAUAAAAUCGGAAAGGAAGAAUUCAAAAUAGAGAACGAGGAACUCGUUGAGGGGACUAAGGAUAAGUACAGAAAUGUGUCUUCUCGACAUCCUUGAGCGAUGUGGUAACGUAGAGAUCAUCCAAACAGUUUCCAUGUAGUUCUGCUCUGUUUUGUGAGCUUGAGGUUAAGUGUUGUAAUAUAGGAUGCUUCUGUCGUUGAUCAAUUUUUCGACUUCCUGGAAUGUGUGAGGGGCUAACAUAUUCUUAUUUGGCGCAACCCUUUUUCUGGUGUCAUCUUUUGGCUUGCAGCUUGUCACAAGAUGUGGAAGAUGAUAAGUUUUUGACGAUGAUCCCACAACUGUUAAAAACUACACUUGAUGUACAUUUAUUUAUGUUUUAUUAGGAACAACUAGAGUUAUUGUAUUGCUCCUUUUUUUAUUACUAUUUAUAUUUAUACAUAUUUAUGUAUUUUAGAUUAAUUAUGAAAUAAUGUAGAAAAAGAGUAAUAAAGUCACUAUGUUAUGUAGUUAUAAUGUUCAAAUACUUGUGAUUUAUCAUCUGGUUUGAGUAUAUAUAUCCAUUGAAAUUGA